AUGCCGACCGUUGCCUACCUUCUACAAAUCCACGCUCUGGGUUCUGAUUCUGAGCACGAAACCACUAUUCGGCGGCCGAUGAACGCCUUCAUGGUGUGGUCGCGGGCGCAGCGGCGCAAGAUGGCCCAGGAGAACCCCAAGAUGCACAACUCGGAGAUCUCCAAGCGCCUGGGCGCCGAGUGGAAGCUGCUGAGCGAGGCCGAGAAGCGGCCCUUCAUCGACGAGGCCAAGCGCCUGCGGGCCAUGCACAUGAAGGAGCACCCCGACUACAAGUACCGCCCGCGGCGCAAGCCCAAGACGCUCCUCAAGAAGGACAAGUUCGCCUUCCCGGUCGUGCCCUACGGCCUGGGCCCCGACGUGGGCGCCGACCACCACGCCCACCACCACCACCACCACCACCACCUGGGGCCCCACCACCCGGCCCUCAAGGCCAGCGCCCUCCACAGCCACGAAGCGCUCGCCUGGCCCAGCCCGGGACUCCAACCCCCGCUGGCCUACAUCCUCUUGCCGGGCAUGGGCAAGCCCCAGCUGGACCCCUACCCCGCGGCGGCCUACGCGGCGGCUCUAUGACCCCCGGCCCCCUACAUGGGACCCCUAUGAGGAGAAAAGCCGGGGCGGGCGGUGGUGGGAAUCGAGGACCUGGACUGGAGCCUUUCCCCGGCGCUACUCGGACCCUGGCGCUCUCCAGCCGGCACCGUCCUCCCAGCCUGCCGCCGCCGCCGCCGCCCAGCAUCCCGUCGUGGUGGACAGGCGGCGCUUUCUCGGCGAGAACAUUUCCGCUGCCCUCCCUGCUGGUCGCGUCUUCCCGCUCGCCCGUUUCUGCAACCUGUUGCCUCCCUCCCACCUUCCUUCCCGCGCCCCCCCCCCCGCAACUCCAUCCUCCAUGGACAGGCCAGCGCCUCCCCUUGCCACCCCAUCUUCUCCUUCCCCUCCUUUUCCAGGAUUUGAUGGAAGGGGAUGGCAAAAGGAGAUCUUCCGAGGCAGAACCUCCCGAGGUGCCUGGUGCUGAACGCCUGGCCGGGAGGAGACAGCCUGGUUGCCGGUGGCAUUUCCUUCUCUGACUCACUUGGAAUUGUCUGUCUGAUGCCCUCUCCUCCUCCUCUUUUUUUUUUAACCUCCCCUCCUUUACCGCCCCAAGUCCUGGCCCUGUUUACAUCCGACUCCAGAAACAUGCCCUCGAAGGUUUUAAGAACGGAGUUUAGGGAGAAAGUUGGCGCGUUUUCACUGACGUGACUUUAAAUGAAGCAGACGAACCCGCACAACAAUCAUGGUUCCUUGUUUUAGCACCAAUUCUUAUUUUUAUGUUGGCCAUUUCGGGGCGUAAAAUGAGAAUGCAGCGUUGCUAAUGUUAUCCUUUAGAAAACCCCCAUACCUUUAAAAGUAAGGAGUGGCACAGAAAUCUUUGCGAGGUCUCUAAUUCUGCAGGGGAGAGAGAGAGGGAACACCUUGUCUGUUAUUUUCUCUCUCCCACUCCACCCCAUUUCACCUAAAGACUGUAAAUGUGUAAAAUGUCCGUGGGAAUUUGAAGUGCAAGAAGGUUUCGCUGCAUUACUUGAGCCGCUGGUUUUGGCUGCGAUCCCAAGCACACAUUGCCUUGGUCACAGGUCUCGUUAUCAGGGAGCCUUCUGGCCAAGUCAACGUGUGCGGGAGUCGCGACGAGCGCCGGACGAAAAACGCGCAAAAAGCAGCUCGCGGGGGGACAGCGCCUUGAAAGGCGACACUUUAUCCGAAAGCUGGCGAAUCCCUUUUCUGGCUCGGGAUUUGAUCUGAUUCGGAGUAUAAACAAAAGAAGAAGAAAACAACACCAGACUUCUUGUCUGAGUGAGAUAAUUAUAUAUUUAUUAUGAUGGAGGUGUCUUCCAAUCCGGUAUGUUACAAAAGACGCUUAUCCCUGCUUUCUUUCUCACUCCCUUUCCCCAAGAAAACCUCGAGUACUCACUCCCAUGUGGUUUGCACGCCCGACUUGGCCUGAGUGGGAGAAAGCUUUUUUGUUGCUAUUAUUAGCCUUAUUAAUUAUUAUUAUUAUUAUUGAACCAUACAUAUUCAGUGGCAGAGAAUGGUUUCAGAGUGCGGGGCGGGGAGGACUUUUAAGCAAUCUCUUCCAUCACUACACUUUUCCUUUUGUAAUGUGUAUAUUUGGAUUAAUGUUUGUGAAUCAAGUUGGCUAACCUGUAUUUAGUUUAUUUUUCCCCUUGGCUUUCUGUAAUAUAAGGUUUUGGAAAAGAAAGUUUUUAAGUAUUGGUUCUAACAUUUGACGUGUAUAAAUGAGUUUGCUGGUGUGUUCUAAUUUAAAAUUAGACGUCUAAACUAUAUCUGUACAUUUAGAAUCUGACUUACCACUCUGUUCAUUUUGGAACAAAGAGUUUAAAUAAAAGCCUGA